AUGUUUAAAUCAAUUCCCAACACUAUUGAGGUGUAUGCAGGCGGAAAUGGCACAAAUAUAACAGCUACUCUGUUGAAUUCGGGGAAUUUUGUAGUGAGAGAGACGAACGUAAAUGGUUCUGCGGGCAGGAUUCUGUGGGAAAGCUUUGAUUAUCCAACUGAUACUCUUCUUCCGGGGAUCAAAUUAGGUGUUAAUCAUAGGACUGGAAGAAAUUGGCAUCUUACAUCAUGGUUUGAAAAUUUCAAUCCCGCUUCCGGAGCUUUUACGCUAGAAUGGGAUCCAAGCACACGUAAGUUAAUCGUACAAAGACGAGGGUUGAUUUAUUGGACCAGUGGCGACUUGAAAGACUAUACUAAUCAGAUCUUGAGAUUGACUGUCAAGGAAUUUGAGAAUAUCCCUAAACCUGAUUUUGUUGAUUUCAAUUACAAUUUCACCAAUGUUUCAAAUGGUGUGGAGGAUUACUUCAGCUACUCCCCUAUAAUAGACCCCAAGUCGACACCUGAAGAUCGAAAAACUAUUUCUGGAUGGCAGCUAAAAUAUAACGGGGAUAUAUAUAACAGGGAUCGGGCAAUGAUAGCAGAAGUGAGUCAUUGUUAUGGUUAUAACAUAGAAGGAUCUUCUGUUUACGAAGGCUGUGAGCCCAGUUGCAGGAAUCAUAACGAGACAUUUGUUUUGAAAUCAGGGCGUUUCGCUAAUGGAAAUGGGAGCGAGGCAAUUGCAGAUUUUGAUGAUGAUUAUAAUCUUACUGAGAGUGACUGCAGAGGGAAAUGCUGGAAUGACUGUGAAUGUUUAGGCUUUAGGCUUCAGAGUCUUCGACCGAAAGCUUUAUCGGUAGAUAUGACUUUAGAUGUUUAUACUGGCAAGGGAAAAAUUUUACUUUUGUACAGAGUUUUGAUGGUUCUGCCCCUAAACAAUUCGUUCUUGUUUCAGAAUCUUCAAACAAAACGUUCUUAUGUUGACGCUUUGGAUGAUCAUCUCAUAGGGAAAAGGAAGAAAGAAGAAUUACAUGAGCUAAUGACCCUAGAAGAAUAUACUGAAACACAUCCAGUUGAAAGUGAUAGGGGACAGGGUCAUCAUCUUACACUAUUUACGUAUUCGUCUAUCCUUAGAGCUACGGGCAGCUUUUCGUUAACAAACAAACUGGGAGAGGGUGGUUUUGGCCCUGUUUAUAAGGGAAAAACCGUCGAAGGACGAGAAAUUGCGGUUAAGGUACUCUCACGAAUGUCAGUUCAAGGAUUGCUCGAGUUCAAAAUUGAACUAAUACUUAUAUCUAAGAUUCAACACGUGAAUCUUGUCAAAGUAUUGGGUUUCUGUGUCCAUGGAGAUGAGAAGAUGAUAAUCUAUGACUACAUGCCUAACAAAAGCUUGGACUUCUUUCUCUUUUUUGACACCCUUAAACAAGGGGAUAGGCUAAAUUCUUCUACAUAUCUAGUUUUUGUUAACAGAGUUUUCACUUUAGGAUUUUAUAGCCUCGAAAAUACCAAUAACAGUUAUUUAGGAGUAUGGUUCACGGAUAAUUCAUAUGGUCAAAUAUGGCCUGGCAAUAAAGACAUAUCUAUUACUGAUAAUUCUAGUAUUCUCACAAAAAGUAGCACCAGGAAAUGUAUUAACAAUAGUAGCGGAGGAGCUCCUAUUGAGCUGUAUGCAAAUGAAAAUGGCAUGACUAUAACGGCCACUAUGUUGAAUUCGGGCAAUUUUUUAGUGAAAAAGAUAAAUAUAAAUGGUUAUGGGAUUAGAGUUUUGUGGCAAAACUUUGAUUAUCCCACUGACACCAUUCUUUCUGUUGAGGUUGUCCCAUAUUGGUUGUGGAUGAGAUUG